AUGCCAGAACUGACGCACGGGGAAUUGAACGCUACGUUUGUUGGUGCAGAUCUCAAGUCUUGCUCACAGUACCGAGGGAUCAAAUAUGGGACCAUCAACAAGAGAUUCGAACAACCAACAUUGAAAGCCAACUGGAAUGGAGAAAGAGUUGACUGUCAGCGAUGGGGACCAAGGUGUCCGCAAAACAAAUAUGAUAUUGGUCACCUACUUCGAGCUCCGGAGGGAGAAAUGUUUUACGACGAGACCGAGGAUGAAUUCGAAUGCUUGAAUCUGGACAUAACUGUUCCUGCCAACACGCCAAAAGAUGCACGACUGCCUGUUAUGAUCUGGAUUCAUGGUGGCUCUCAAAUCGUCAGUUUCGGAAAUGGUGCGAGCAAAGCUGGCGAUACGACACGGAUUGUAGCAGAAUCAGCCCAACACUCGAAGCCGAUGAUUGUGGUAUCCGUUCAAUAUCGACUGAACAUGUUUCAUGUUGGAGACGGCAACGGCAACAAGAACUUCGGAUUCAAAGAUCAGCAACUGGCUAUCCAAUGGGUUCAUCGAUAUAUUGCUGGUUUUGGCGGUGAUGUCAAUGAAAUGACGCUGGCUGGAGAGAGUGCCGGAGCUGUGUUCGUACAUGGGUUGAUCGUGAGCGGAGCUCCUGUCAGGCGUGGUAUUCUCAUGUCUGGUUCUUUACACAUGUCACCACCACAACCAGAAGCCAGGGCAAGAACUAUGCUCAUAGAUCCGGUACUCGUAAAGCUGCAAGCAAAAGGAUACACGUCUCUCGAGGAAGCACCAGUUGAAGCAUUACUAGAAGCACAAGCUGAGAUACCGAUACCUUCAGUGUUUCUCCAAGACGAUGAGUGCUUUGAGAACUGGCAAGAAAACACAGGCAACAUAGAAGAGCUGCUGAUAGGGGACUGCGAGUUCGAGUCAGUCCUCUGGCGUAACGGUGUCGAAGCAAUGUCUGCAGAAGAGAUCGUAGAAUGUUUUGACAAAGCCGGAAGCUCCGGCAAACAGCUCAAAGAGCUCUAUCACAUCAACAAAACACGAGCACCGCAAUGCAGACACGGUGCAAUGGACUUUAUGAAUGACAUGCGAUUUGCAUUACCAGUACCACUGGUCAUGGAUGGGUAUACGAAAGAAGGAAAGAAGGCAUACAGAUACUUGUUCGACCAAGCAAAUCCGUGGCAGGCUUCAUCCCGGGCACACCAUGCGGUUGAUCUGAUCUACCUCUUUGGCGGGUUCGACAUGACAAUGAACGCAUCAGCAGAAGCGCUUGGCGAAGAAAUGAGGAGACGAUUCAUUUGGUUCAUCAAUGGAAAGGCACCAUGGACGAUACACAAGAUCAUGGCGUUUGGACCAUUGGGAGACACCAGGGAGAUUGAUGAUAGAGGGGUUGCAGCUCGCCGACGCACACGACAGAUAGAGGAGAUCAAGAAGCUCGAGGCUGGUGACGUGGCUGCGGCGUUUGGCAGCCUUGCAGCUGGAAGAAUCAGCUUGCACAACUAG